UUACUGAUUGCAAUCCAACAAAAAAAAAACCUUUUUUUUCUCUCCUUUUUCGAAUUUGUUCUUCGUUUUCGUGGCUCUCUACACUCAACCUCGUGCAAUGCCUCUCUUUCUCCGUCUCUCUCCUUCUCCGCCGGCCGUCGUCCGAUCUCCAGCUCCGUUCGCCGCUGGUCCCGGCUCCGCGAGGAACUGCGGCAUCCCGUUCUCCGGCGUCAGGAAGACUGAUUUUUGCUCGAGUAGUGCCUUGGUUGCCCGGAAGUGGGGCGGUUCCUCUGCGGUGAGGUGUAGCGUAGAGACCGUAGACGUCAGCGUCGGCGUAGUGACGGAGGUGAACAAGGACACGUUCUGGCCGAUCGUGAAAGCCGCCGGCGAAAAGAUCGUCGUCCUCGACAUGUACACUCAGUGGUGCGGUCCAUGCAAAGUGAUGGCACCCAAAUUCCAGGAGCUCUCGACAAAGUACCAGGACGCUGUCUUUCUGAAGCUUGACUGCAACCAAGAAAACAAGCCAUUGGCGAAGGAGCUAGGAAUAAGGGUGGUACCGACGUUCAAGAUUCUGAAGGACGGAAAGAUAGAAAAGGAAGUAACAGGGGCGAAAUACGAAGACUUAGUCGCGGCCAUUGAAGCAGUCAGGUCGAGCUAAUUCUCUCAUCCCACUCUCUUCUCUUGUAUAAAGCAUCAGAAUCACCAGCUGUUCCGACAUAAUUGUUUCCAUGUAUGUAUCUCUGUUGUUCCACCCAAAAAAGGAAAAACAAACUUUCUUGUAUGUUGCUUCCGAUCCAUAAGAGUUUCAAAGGAUAAAUAACUGAGAAGGCUUGAUGAAAUGGGCGUUUGUCUUUUGUUUA